AUGUCGCUCUCAUGUACCGAGCAUGACUUCGCGCGGUUGAAGCCACUUGUAUUCAGACUUCAUUGCAUGAAGCCAGAUAUGCGAAUCCAAGUAUUCGAACAGAUCUUUCAUAUACACUCCGUCAUCCUCAAAGCCCACUCCGAAUUCUUUCACAAAUACCUUGAUUCGCCGGACAAAAAGCGUGCCGAGCCGAUGAGCGCCUUCAAGUACUCAUGGGUCACUCAAAUUGAUGACGACGGAUCAUGGUCGCUUACUGCUGAACAAAACACGGUGCCAGACGAAUAUCAGGCAGAGUUCACUGGGAUUAAGGAAGAAGAAAUCGCCGCAUUUGAUACCCUUCUAAACGCGAUGUACCAAAACCCGAUUCGUUUCAACUCGCUAGAUCAUCUUAAUCUUUGCGCGGAACUGGCAGACUAUUACCGCUGUAUUCCGGCCCUAUCACGCGCGCUGGAAGGUGGUUUACUCCGAAGCCCUGAAGUUACAAUUUCAUUUCGAGGAGAGUGCUGCAGGGUACUGGCAAUCGCCAGGAAAUUAAAGCACAAACUUCUGUUCAAGGAGGCUUUGAUUCAUUCGCUUGGACCUUGGAACGCGCCACGAUUCGAAAAAUUAACGGAUCCGACACUUCGCGUUGUUGCAGGAAGAGCGCUAGAUGGUAUCCUACAAAAGCUGGGUCAGUUUCACACAGAGCUGCUGGAUCAAGCGGUACAUUUUGGGCAGGAGGAACAAGCUUGGUUAGAUGUAUAUAGGAAGUUUUACAGAAUGGCGACCGAACACAGAGACGUUCUUGGUCGUACUGUCAUCCCAGCGUAUUUCCGAGCUAUAGCCGAUGGUAUAGAACGAUUAGAAAUUCCGAGAUCGCUACUGGGUGUCAUGCAACCACUCACCACAAAUAAGCUGAAAUUCGACGUGUCGGAUUGGAGGUCAGGUCAAAAAGGGGGAGCUUACUACAACUCUUUUCUUUGUGGGGAUAUCGAAGAUGAAGACUUGCCAUGGGAGGAAGAUGAUGAUUAA